CUUUCAGACUUUUUGUUCCAGGAGUUGCCUUACAUUUUAUCAAUCUGCGGCGUGCUCCUGCUUGUUCACCUAGACGCGUUAUUGAACUUUUUAGUUGCAAAUAUCUUUCACUCGACAAGAAACAAAAAGUAUCGUUUUGUUCUAUAUCCUAAGCAAGGAAGCAACAAUAUGGGGUCCUCUGUCCGCGCGCCGGUUCUCAAGAAGGCAAAGGUGUCUCGUUCCUGCACUGCGGAGAAUAUCUGGAUAGUCUUUUUUUGCUUGCCUUUUGUUGUCUCUGCGGUAUUUGAAGGAGAGGCUCCAGCGGGUGGUUCUCUCCUUCUCGGUUCCAGGCAGAGAAACGUGGUAUCUACGGCGACACCCAGUACAGCGACUGCGCCUUCGUCGAGCACGACCGGUCGUUCUGGGAGCAAGCACGGGCGUUCGGCCGAGGAGGCCAAGUUUUUCAUGCAGGGUGAUACCGCACUGCGGUCUCCUUCAUCUUCCGACGGAGACUCUCCUCCGCCAAAUCACCAACAACACGAGGAGCUACAGAGAAGGCACAAUGGCAGUACAGGCGACAAAAAUGAAUGCCGCGGGGAGGUACGACUAGGCAAGCAUGGAAGUAGCUCGGGAAAUAAAGCAGUAUCAGACGAGGAGGGUACACUUGAACUCACGAAGCAGACUACCCCGAUCAGUAUGAUUUAUACUACUAAUUCACCAACGCGCUUAGCGUCGGCGACGCCAGAUCUCAAUGCGCUAUUCCAGCAUGAGUUUGGGGCACCCUUCAGCAGGCAACCUACCCAAGGUAGAAGUGCAGCCGGUGCAGUGAAUCUCCGAAGACGCGAUUUGGAAUUAUCCCCCGAUACACCAGAAGUAGCGAAUGAGCCUUCUCCUGGAGUUCAACCAGAUCUUGGGGCAGGCGAAGGCAACAACGACGAGACCAACAUUGGGGAAGGUAACGCUAGCGAGAAUGCACGACAACUAGACGCACAUCCUAGUGCAUUUCCACACGAAAAGAACGAGCGCCAAGAAAUCGAUAUGACCGCACUAACGAGUGCGCUCGAGCGAAGUUGCACAACCGAAGGGGCCGACGAUGCGGAUAGCGCGUCUACCCGUGCUAUUGUUGCUGUGCCCCCUACCGAAGGAUGCUCUGGCUGUGCGUUCGCAGAAACCUGGGGCUUGCUCUAUAAAUACUUGGGUAAGAAGUGGAAUGAAUAUCGCUCAGCACGAAACGGGCCGGAAUCGGAAGUCCGCAACUUGCAGGAUGACGGCGAUCAUACAAAUGCGGGCGAGUCUUGCGAAGACGACGCAUCUAGUGCUGGAAAUGAUGAACAUGAGCGUAGUCUAUCUGAAGAGGAGGAGGUUGUGAAUGUUGACGACGAGUAUGGGAUUACAAAGCAGUCAGAUGCGUCUGCUACAACUACUAGCACAACUGCACACCAGGAAGAGUUAUCUGCUGUCGCAGCCGCGAGCGCACUCUCGAAGUGCCCUAUCCACAGAGCCAGCCGAUUUUUGAAGGGGAAGAUGCAGCCUAAGAUGUGGACAUUCAUGUUGAUUUUUGCGGCUGCCUAUGAGGAAUGGAAUAGGUGUCGCCAUAUGUGUCCCGCCUCCCCCUCCGCUGUGAACGGGGGUGCGCAUGGCGAUGCAGACGCUGCAAAUGAUGUGUAUUCUUUUUUACGUCACUUUCAGGCGGAACAUGCUCAAGGGGGAGAUCAUCAACAAGAAGAGAAUUUUUGUUCUACUUCUACGUCAAGUGGAAGUUUCUCAGGGAGUAGUGCAACGAUUUUGGUGAGGAGUGCGGAGAAACGAAAUAAACGAAUGCUGUUGCUAGCUUCGAAUUUUCCUGAUGACAGACCUGCGAAAUCAAGCUUUCUUCUCAGUCGUGGUCACACAAUGACCAGAUCAGAGUCUAAUAUCUUGCUCGAUCCGGCAUUUGGGAACGCCUCUUCUUCAAGGUAUCGUUCUGGUUCGAACGGCUGCAAUACGCAAGAUUUUCUUGCGUUUCUCCAGCUACACGCAGACGAGAUCGAGGAACACAGCAAAUGCCUCCAGAGCAGCAUGCCCUACCCUUCUAGCGUGGAGACUGCGUGUCCCGACUGUCGUGUUGGACUGCAAGUUUCGACAAACGCCAUCAAGGUACUACUAAGUCCGAUUUGGCGCUCUGUUGAUCUCCGACGCAAAUGGUAAAUGGGAAUGAACAUGAAGUCCUACUGUUCAAGUUCAUGUAAGAAAUUAAAAUAGAGAUUUAUGCUGAUUAUCACAUCGUCACAGGAAACCGAUCGCGUUUCAAAGGAUUCGAGACUUCAUUGUGGUAAACGUAGUUCCAUCGACAACGCAUCGGAGGAGGCAACGG